AUGCGUCUUUUACAGCAACAAGCCAACGGCGAUACAGACUUCAGCCUGGUUGAAUUUAUCGACGACAUCCCACCGUACGCCAUUCUCUCACAUACUUGGGGUGCGGAUCAUGAGGAGGUCGUAUUUAAGGACAUUUACAAAGGGAAAGGCAAGGGAAGGGCAAAGCCUGGCUACGAGAAACUUAGGUUCUGUGCGCAGCGGGCUACCGAAGACCAGAUUGGAUACUUUUGGAUCGAUACAUGCUGUAUAGACAAGAGCAGCAGUGCAGAGCUUACCGAGGCAAUCAACUCAAUGUAUAAAUGGUACAAGAACUCGACGGUAUGCUUCGUCUAUCUAUCAGACGUUCCUCGACGGACCUGGAACAUUGAAGGAGAUGGACUUCCUGUUGCGUCGCUUCUUGGAAGCAGAUGGUUCACGCGUGGUUGGACGUUUCAGGAACUACUGGCGCCUAGAAAGGUGAUAUUCUUCGCUGCAAAUGGUGAAACACUAGGACGUCUGGAAGAUUUCGCUGACUCAAUUGCGGUACAUUGUAAGAUACCACUCGAACUCUUCGACGCUUAUCCGCGAGAGUUUCGAAGAUAUAGCGUCGAAGAGAGGUUGAAGUGGACGACCCAUCGACAAACGAAGCGCGAAGAGGACGCUGCGUAUUGUCUUUUGGGUUGCUUCGACGUGCAAAUGCCAUUGAUUUACGGUGAGGGGAGAACGAAAGCUCUCGUUCGAUUGCGAGCGGAACACGACCGUUCUAGGAAUGGGAGAUACAGAAGAUUUAUUCUUGACGAAAUCCCAGAGGAAUUAAGAGACGUGACUAGCAGAGUAGUAUGUCUAUGA